AUGAGACAGAAACGAGCCAAGACAUACAAGAGAGUUAUGGCCCUGUACGUACAGACGUUCGGGUUCAGACAUCCUUUUCAGAUUCUAGUAUCUCACGAUGUGCUUCUCGAAUCUUCCAAAUCCAAUAUGGACAUCGUGAAAGUGUUGGGCGAUGUAGUUCAAGGAGAAUGUAAGCCUAUGAUAACGCAAUGUUGUAUGGAAGCGUUAUACGCCUUGGGUAAAGAUCAUCAACAAACUACGAAUCUUGCCAAAACAUUCGAAAGGAGGAGAUGUAAUCAUAGGACUGCUAUCGAGGGGAAUGAUUGUCUAAAGGAUGUCAUAGGCCAGACCAACAAACAUCGUUAUGUCCUCGCCUCUCAAUCCCAAGCACUGCGAACGUCCCUUGAAAUCGUCCCUGGUCUACCUAUAAUUCAUUUCAACCGUACUGGCGUGUUAGUACUCUCGCCUCCGUCUACAGCGACCAUACGAGAGAAGAAUAAAGGGGAGGAGGCGAGGCGGUUGGAAGGUCUGAAAGAGAUGGAAGGUGUAGUUGAUGGUGGGAAUGUAGUAGGAGCUAACCAGCCAGUCAGUCAGCCGGUGAUAGGGAGAAAGAAGGUCAAGGGAGUCAAUCCGCUUAGUAUGAAAAAGAAGAAAAAGGACAAGCAGCAGCAGCAGCAGAAUCAGCCGGAAAAUCAGAAUAAGAAGAAUGAAGGGGUGGACGUAGGUAAAAAGAGGAGAAGGGAAGAUGAGGAAGGACCGGAAGAAGUAGAAGCGGAAGAGAAGGAGAAGGCGCAGAUCGUCGAGGUUGAGACAGAUACCAGCGGGAAGAAGAAGAGAAGGAAGAGGAAGAAGAAGUCCGCCGUGGCUGAUGCGAUUGCCGAAUUGAAUGCCAUGAACGACAGUGGGAGUGAAGGGGAAUAG